UAUAGAAGUCAAAUGUUUGGAAAAGGUAGCUCUAUCAGGAAUUACUUUGGCAGAGGCAGUGGAGAAAAAAAUGGUGCCUUGUUUAUAUAAAGACAAAGAUGAAGUGAAAUUGAAAAAAACUCAUAACUAUUACUAUCAAGUACAAGGUCAAUUAGCAAUAACAGGAAGAGUCAUAUGUUAUUUCGUAAUUUACACAGGCGAUAGUAAUGAUCUGUUGAUACAAAAAAUAGCUUCAGACAAACCAUUUAUCGACAAUAUGUUUAAAAAAUUAGAAACAUUCUACAUGGACUGUUUAGCUCCUGAAAUUAUACUUAAUAGAAGAGGAAGAAAUUUGAAAUGUAAAGACCCAACUUAUAUUUUAGAAGCGAAAAGAAACAAAGAAUCAAAGAAAAACAGAAACAGGAACUUUUAAGUAAUAAUUGUACCUAAUAUAAUAUAAUAUAAUAUAAUAUAAUAUAGUCAAUCACGUUAGAUUAAAUAAAUUUGUAAAUACAGUGUGUCCAAUUAAGUCGUCACCAUAUAGGAUACAUACAUACCAUAUGGGAUACAUAGGAUAUAUAUUUUAUUAUUGGUUUUAUGACAAAAAGUUAUUCUUAAUAAAAAGGCUUAAAACC